GACGCUUGUGGAGGAAGGCGUUGCUCGUCGCUCUCGCUGGUAACUGACUAGAGGAACGGAAAAUGGCGGACCUCGAAGACGUUACGCUGGACGGGAGACCGCUCCAGUCCCUUCGGGUGGCGGAUUUAAAAGCUGCUCUUGAGGAGAGGGGGCUCUCGAAAAGCGGGCAGAAGAAUGCUCUCGUCAAACGACUCAAGGGGGCUCUCAUGCUUGAGAAUCUUCAGAGGACCUCCACCGCUCACAUCGGACUGCAGCCAAAUUCGCAUAUCGGUGAGGAAAUGAGCCAGAACAGCUUCAUCAAGCAGUAUCUGGCUAAACAACAGGAGCUCCUGAGGCAGCGGCUGGAGAGAGAGGCCCGCGAAGCAUAUGACACAAAUGAGCAAGAGGACCACACAGAAGUUAACAACAGUACAUCAUGCCCUCCUCAAGCCCAGGAUGCCGCACCGGCAUUGGUUGAGCAAAACAAGCCGCCUGGCCCCUCAGGUGUCGACGGAUUGUUUGGUGCAGUGAAUGAGGACGAGGGCAACAGGGACCAGGAGGCUGACCUGCCCUGUCCUCCUGCUUCUGGCUCAAUGGCCAUGCGUGUUCCUGGCGGUGAGGACCGGCCAGAGAAGGGCUCUGCCUCAAACGAAGCCGCUGCAGACAGCGACGACGACGACAGUGAUGACGGCGAUGAGGAUGGAGACGACGAUGACUGGGAAAGUGGUGCUCGGAGGAGAGGCCACAGAGAGCCGGCCACAGCGCCCACGACCAGAGAGAGGUCUGGGGCAUCCUGUCAACCCCCUCAGCAACACAUGCCUUCCCUUUUGUCCCCUCAGCUCCGCCAGCCAACUCCUCCUCCCUCCCCACCUCCAGAGUUGUCAUUCCCCCUGCCUGACACCCCAAAACAGAGCCCCCCUAGUCCAGAUGUAGCCCCAGCUAGGCGCUCAUCGAGUACCUCCAGCUCCGGGUCUUCUAGCAGCGGCAGCCGCAGUAGCAGCCCAGAGCCACAGAGGAGUGGUCAUGCCGAGCGCAAGCCGGGCCCGCUGACACUUCUGGCACGUAAAAUGGAGUCAGAAGGUGCUUUCUCUGGAGCAGGUUGGCACCGCGCCGGUGGGGAAGGUGAGAGGCAAGACGGCAGUUCUCUGGCUACAUCAUUUCUUUGCAGAGGGCUUCCAGAGGGUCUGGUAUCUGCCAUCACUCACACAGCCAAUACUGCAGGUCACGUGUCAUUUCCCACAAUUCCAGGCAUUAACCAGGGUCUUUCAGGAGCACAUUCGGCCCAUAUUCAGCUACCCGUUAGUGUGCUCAAGGCCACUGCAACAGAGGAGAGGGACACUGAGAUUGAACGAGAAAGGGCCCUUGAGCUGGAAAGGCAAGAGAAGCAGCGUAAACUUGAGCAAGAACGAGCGAUGGAGGAAGAGCGGGAAAGAGCUCUUGCGAUGGAGAGAGAGCAAAGAGAGAGAGCUCUGGAGAAAGAGAGAAUUGAACGACAGCAGGCCAUAGAAAGAGAAGAACAAGAAAAGGCUUUGCAGCGGGAGAGAGAACUUGCCCUUGAACGAGAGAGGCAGGAGAGGGAACGAGCUUUGGCUAAAGAGAGGGAAGAGCGGGAGCGAGCUUUGGCACAAGAGAGGGCCCUGGAGAUGGAGAGGCAGAAGGAGCUCGAGAGACAGAGGGCCCUGGAGAGAGAGAGGCGAGAGAGAGAAGAAAUGGAGAGAAUAAAAGAGCUAGAGAGAGAAGAAAUGGAGAGAAUAAAAGAGCUAGAGAGAUCCAAGGCCUUGGAGCAAGAAAAGAAGGAGAGAGAGAGGGCUCUUGAGCAAGAGAGGCUUCAGAGGGAGAGAGUUCUGGAGGCUGAGAGAAAGGAGAAGGAGAGGAUUGAGAGAGAGAAGGCUCUGGAGCAGGAACGGUUGGAAAGGGAAAGGUUAGAGAGACAGAGAGCCUUGGAGCAAGAGAGACUGGAGAGAGAGAGAGCCUUUGAACAAGAGAGACUAGAAAUGGAGAGAGUCCUGGAGCAAGAGCGUCUCGAGAGAGCGAAAGCCCUGGAGCAGCAGCGCUUAGAGAGGGAGAAAGUCCUGGCAAAAGAGCGACUAGAGCGAGAGAAAGCCUUGGAGCAAGAGAGAAUAGACAGAGAAAGAGCUCUGGAGCAAGAAAGGUUGAAGCAGGAGAGAGCCCUAGAACAGCAGAGGUUAGAGCUUGAGAGGAAGGAAAAUGAGAGAAUUGAGAGAGAGAAAGCAUUGGCGCAAGAAAGGAUCGAGAAGGAAAAAGCCUUGGAUCGAGAACGGGAGGAAAAAGAGAGAUUCAAGAGAGAGGCAGCCCUGGAAGAGCAGAGGAAAGAGAAGGAGAGGCUGGAGAGGGAGAGCGCUCUACAGCAGGAGAAGCUUGAGCGGGAGAGAGCCUUGGAGAAGGAGAGAAAGGAGAAAGAGAGGGCUCUUGAACACGAGAGGCUAGAGAAGGAGAAGGCCGUGCAGAAAGAAAGGGAGGAGCAGGAAAGGGCCCUGGAACAGGAGAAAGAGAGAGCGAGGAUGGCUGAAAGGGAGAGGGAAAGCCACCUCCCUCCAUCCAAGCGCGGCCGUGAGAUCGGUCUCAGCGCCCUGCCCACUCCUCCUGCCUUCUCCGUCGGACCAGGUAGAAAGUCAUCAACUGAGGCAGGAGAGCAGGAUGAGGACCAUGCUUCAAAGUCCCGGGGAGAAGCAGCAGAAUCCAGUGCACUCAUGUCACCAACGCCUCCGUUGCCUCAAUCCUCAUUCAAGAAGUUCCGGUUCUUAAGGGACACCCCGAUUCAGCUCCAAUCUUCCUCCCCUCCCAUGGUCAUCAAGCGACCUCGCAACUUUUCCGAUACCCCCCAGCCUCGGGUCUUGCCUGUGUCCUCCCUCACCGAUGUCGGGGAACGGCGAGAGGUAGAACUCCAGUCCUCCACUGAACAAGAAGACCCACAGAAGGGGACAAAACAGGAGGCUGUUGCCAGGGCGCCGGGGGCUGUGGAGGCCGCGCCCGCGAAGGAGCCCGCUGUUGGUACCACACUGGUCCAGAGUCCCAAAAAAGAAAAGGCCACAAGCCUAGUGUCGGAGGACAAACAAAAGGAAUCCACCAAAAAAGUAGAGGAAAGCAGUCCUGCAAACCAACUGGCUACUGCACAGCGUAGGGGAAGAGAUGCAAAGAAGGAAGAGAAACACGCAAGACGAAGGUCAUCGUCUAAUGACUCCUCUUCCUCAGAAUCAGACUCUGGGUCCUCAUCAUCUGGGUCGUCUAGCUCAUCCUCAUCCUCUCAAGAGAAAACCUGCCCCACUACAAGAGGUAGAAGGGAAAAGAAACCUGACAAAGACACCUCACCACAGCACAGGGUGACACUAGAGACAAAGGCUGGGGGCUUAAAGGAAACUCCAAAAGCCUCCCCUUACAAAAGAGACAUGUCUGUAGAGAAGAGUAACACGGCUGCUGUUGGAGACACUCACACCAUGAAAACAUUAAAGGAAGCCCCGAGCAGAGAGGAUUCACAGGGGAAGAGAAAGGACAACGAGGGAGAGGCGGAAACGGACAAAAAAAGGCAGGUGAAGGAGACUGCCAUGGCAGAGCCGGAGAAGCUUCCAGAGACCAGCGAGGAGACACCAAAGGCCUUCUCAGCUCGUAAGAUCUCCAUCAGCAGCAGUAAAUUAUCCCCUGGCAGUGCAGAGGGCGAGCAGGACUGUGGGGCCGCGGCCGGUCGCAAGAGGAGGUGGGGCUCCAGCACAGCCGUCACUGCCAAGAAGCCUUCCAUCAGCAUUACCACCGAUUCACUCAAGUCUCUGAUACCAGACAUUGGCCCGUGUCUCGGGCAGGAGGCAGCAGUGGACCUGCACCCAGAGGAAGCUGUCCUCUCUGGAGCUGAGGAUGAAGAGAGGGAGCGCUCCGACCAAGACCUUCAGAUCCGUCGCACUGUCACACAGGUGGUGCACCUGGAGAGCCAGGAGAAUGGACAGGAAGAGUCAAAGAGGAGCAGACACGAGGAGUCUGAGUCUGAUGACCCACAGGGAGAUGGAGAGAGGACACAGGUGCAUGAAGAGAAGAUGGAAACCCCAUUUCCUGGAGCCAUGGAAACCCAGUCUCCAUCACACAUCAGCCAUGAUGUAGAAGUCAACACUGUGACCGCCAGCGACACCCUCAUUCGUCGCUCCAUCAGCCAGCAGAAAACGGGUGUUUCCAUCACAAUCGAUGAUCCCGUUCGCGCGACCCGGCAGCCCUCGCCACCUCGAGGCAAAGUCUCCAGCAUUGUUCACAUCAGCAACCUGGUGAGGCCGUUCACUCUGGGGCAGCUGAAGGAGCUGCUCAGCAGAACUGGCACCCUGGUGGAGGAGGGCUUCUGGAUCGACAAAAUCAAGUCUCACUGCUUUGUCACCUACUGUAGCUCUGAAGAGGCCGUUGCCACACGGGCAUCUCUUCACGGAGUAAAAUGGCCUCAGAGCAACCCAAAGGUCCUCAGCGUAGACUUCUGCCAGAAGGAUGAGCUGGACUUCCACAAGGGCACAGCAGACAGACCCGCAGCCGAGGAACAGGGGCUCGGUACCAACCGUGGCCGAACCGCGGGCCUGCCCCCUCUCCUUCCUGAGCGAGACCAGUGGGCCGAGCGCGAGCGUGAGAUGGAGCGCCGGGAGAAGGCUCGAGCAGAGCGGGAGUGGGAUCGCGACAAGGUCAGAGAGUUCGGGAAACCGGGUGAAGAGAAGGAGGGCGGUCCCCGGAGGUCACGCUCCAGAGAGAGACGCCGCAAGGAGAGGGGAAAGAGCAAGGAGAAGAAGACUGAGAAGAAAGAGAAAAUGGCUGAGGAUCCCCCUGCAAAGCUGCUUGAUGAUUUGUUCCGCAAAACUAAAGCGGCCCCUUGCAUAUACUGGCUUCCACUUACGGAUGAACAGUUUGUUCAACGGGAAUCUGCCAGAGCAGACCGGAUGAAGGAACGUGAGAAACGGAGGAAGGAGCAAGACGAGGAGGAGGAAAAGAAAAGGGAAGAGGAGCGCAAGGAGAGGAUGAAAGCUGGAGGUGUUCCAGCUGGAGAGCGCAGUGAGGGUGAGAAGGAGAAGGAGAAGGAAAAAGAAAAAGACAGGGAGAGGGACAGAGACCGAGGGAGGGACAGGGAGAAGGAGAGGGAGAGGGAGACUGACAAACGCAGGGAUGACUACCGUAGACCAGAGGGCCGCGGGGCAGGCGGGGGCCGACGCUCACGCAGCCGCAGCGACCCACGAGAAAGGCGACGUUAAUGGCCAACCAACUGAUGGAACUGUCCUCGAGACCACCCUCUUCCAUUUGCCUUUCACUACAUGUACUUUGUUACAACUAAGACCCAACAGAGGACCAACUGAUGUCGUCACCAUCUCUCAAAUUGUCACCUUUCUUUAAAGCACAUCUACACCUACACAGUCAUGCUUAAAGGGGACCAUGGUUUAUUUUGCAGUGUUUCCCCAGGGUGCUGUACGCCGCGCGUCUGUCGAGUAUGAUAUAUUUUCUUCAUACGUUUCCCUCUUUUUCCUUUUUUUUUUUUUUUUUUUUUUUUUUGUCUUGACGAUUUUCGCGGUAUGGCACGCUGGGUAAUUUUUUAUAAUUUCCCCCAAUGUUCCCCCUUUGCCUCAAAGUGUAGGUGCCAAUUAUGAUUUGCUAUGAUCAGUCGUCGUCGCCUCGGUGUUUUAACAGCUCUGGAAUCAGGAUGAGGAAUCCUUUUGUUGCUGCAUGUAGUCUGCUGCCUAAAGAGAAAACUCUGACCUCUGUGCAGAGGCUUAAAAAUCAGAAAAUAUUGGAAUAGGUGUGUUUGGCAUUUUGUACAGACAUAAGAUAACUAAAAAUCAAGUCUUUAAAUGAGGCAGCUCCGGGGUAUUUUUGGACAGGUGUGGAAUAACUACUAACGCAAUGAAGUGUUCCUCUCUCCCUCUGUUUAGUUAAGAGAUGAGACGAUUCUAUGUGUGUGUGGGGAAUCGAUGUCCGUCACAGCUGACACGAGUUAUUAUGUCCUUAUCAUUGAGUCUCUUCUUCCUCCUUUCUCUUCUCCUCCUCAUCCUCCUCUUCUCUUACCCUGUCGCGUCAAUACAGGCCCGAGAGGGGAGGUUGCAUUAUGAGUUUCCUCACCAAUGGUUUUAAUAUUGUUUUUUAAUCUUUAUUUUAUCAUUUUAGUACAAAGGUAUGUUUUUUUUUGUUUUUUAAAAUUUCUUCUUUGAGUACGCCUAUCAGUGGUGAAUGUACAAAUAAUAAAAAUUGAAAUUUGAAAUUA